AUGGAGCCUGGAACUUGGGAACAGAACUCAGACUAUGCACCAACCCCGGGGUACUUUGGCAGUCCUUAUCCUGCACAAUCUGUCGCCAGCCCUCCUCCCACUAGUUUGCUUGAAGACGGCUUUGAGCCUAGAAGCAAGCCUGCGGCAUGCCAUCUCAAAUUCCUCCAGUUGUCCGAGUGGGAAGAGGGUAGAGUUUAUGACGAGGAGCCGCCAAGCUGUAUCCACUACCGCAUAGAGUGGCGCGUGACAAUCAACAAUCGGGAGGUAUCUCAAGACACGGAGGAAGAUGUCGUCCUGGCUCCUAGCGCCUUUUGGCGCUGGUCAUUAGAGAAAAACCUUGAGAAAGUGCUUCGACGAAAGACUCCACGCAACCGUCGGGUAACAGCUGACGACACAGUUAUAACUGUAUUGACAACUGAUCGCAUUAAGCGUAAAUUGAUCAAACGAUUUGAUGAUACCGACAUAACCUGGACAGCUAUCGAGAAACAGCUUUUGAUCUGGGGCCCCACUGCUGGGUGGACCCCAGGGGCAAAAAAACAUUAUCCGCUUAAGGCCCAUCACAUUAAGCGCCUGAUCACCCAUGUCGAGAAAGGUGGCCUAUUGGAAAGCCACAAAGAUGUCCCAGAAACCGUACGCGACGAACUAUACAGAGAGGAGCAACAAAAGAUGGAUAAAGGCAAACGCAAGGAAGUCCAGUCCGCUGGGGCUGGGGCAGCGUAUCCUCCCAUUAGCAUUCUCAACGUCCUGCCUUCCCAGCCUUCUGUCCAUGGAUUGGAUGUUUCGACUCCCAGGCCGGCGGCUGAUUUGACGGUUACCAGCCCACUUGAGAUUCCUGGUCUCAGAGAUGUAGCUGUGAAGGAGUAUGGCGAAUGGCAGGUAUCAAAUGUCGGCGAUGACACUCUUAAAACCGCAUUUCGACGUGUGUGUGACGUGAUGCUCGAGCAUGGUCUUGACCUCGAGCAGGUGUACAGAGAUCAAGACCCAAAUUUCUUCAUCGAGAAGGGAAUAAAUUAG